AUGCUUUUCAACUUCUGUGAUCCUCGUUUAAGGCCAGAAAUUCAAUGCAGUACUGUUAGCACAGAAGGAUAUGAAGUCACCAAUUUAAUAACUGGUACUGAUAAAGGAUUUUUAGCAUAUGCUUGUAUCAAGCCUCCUAUAAAUAUCGACGUUACUUUUAUAUGUAACAUAUGUAUCAAUCACAUUUUAAUUUGGCCACAAGUUGGCUCUCAAAAGUCAUCAGGCUUUCAAUUAUAUGCUAAGACUAGUAACGAUGCCAGUGUACCAUACAGUUUACUAGGCACUGGAUUUUUAGACACCACACACACUGGAUUAUUGUUUUGUCCAAGUAAACAUGAAUCAAUUCCUGCACCACCAAAUUUUUUGAAAUGUUUUACAAAAUCCUCCCUGCAAUACUUAACAAGGUGCAUAAAUAGUUUAAGGAUUUGUAUAUGUAAAACAAAGAAUUCAGUACCUGCAUUAGGUAAGAUAGAAGUGUGGGGAACAGUGUCACCACGUUGUGGUAAAGAUACUGUAGCCAGUAUUUCUACUUUAUGGUUCAAACCAUCUUGCUUAGCUGAAUCUAUGGAAAGAUCUGAAAAUGCUGAAUAUAAAACACCUGUUACUAAUACAGAUAAUAAGGAAAUAUUGGAAACAAAUCUACAAGUUCCAGAAAGUUUUUUAGAUGCCAUUACUUAUGAAAUCAUGACACAGCCAAUUCUCUUGCCAAGCGGAAAAAUAAUUGACCAAACUACAUUACUGAAACACGAGGAAAGUGAAGCAGUAUGGGGAAGAAGAUUGACUGAUCCUUUUACUGGUUUACCAUUUAGUGAAGAUCGCAAACCUGUUAUAGCAAGUGCUUUAAAAAUAAGGAUAGACAGGUUUUUGCUUGAAAAUUGCAAUAAUGAAGAAAUAAAAAAAUUACCAAGAGUGUUAGGUCGUGCAUUGCCCUCUGAUGGGAAUGUAACAGAUAAAACAGUAACGGAAGUUCCUAAUUAUUUGUUAAAAAGAAAUAUAAUUCAAGGUCCAAGCAAUAUUAAGCCAAAGUUUCAUUGUUCUAUAGUAAGUUCUGUAAAAGCAGAGAAAAAACUUUGUCAUAAAUUGCCAGUUGUUAUAAUGUCCCAAAAACGAACUGUUUCUGCUUUAACUAAACCAGCAAAGAAAAGAAUGACUGCCAAUUCUUAUAUCUCAACUAUACCUCUGUCUAAAAACACAGAAAGGGAACAAAAAAAUAAUUGUAUUGAUAUAAUGGAUCUAACUGUUGAUAAUGAAACAGAUUUCGAUAUUGAUAUAGCAGUACCUAAUUUAAAACGUUUUAAUAACAUUCCAAAAAAGAACGAGACAAAUUCGAAAUUAACUACGUGUUCCUGUUGCCCUAAUGGCAUUUUUUACCAGCUUCCAUGUAAGCAUGUUCUAUGUAGAAAUGUCUUAACAUCGAUUGAAAAUAACCAAUGUACAUCUUGUAGCAUGCCUUAUAAAAAUAAUGAAAUAAAACGGAUUUAUGAAUGAA